AUUUUUUUACAUUGACUUCCGGUUCGACGAGUUUACGCAACACACAGACAAUCGGUUGUUAAGAAACGUUUCGAUUGUAACAGUGUAAAAAUUUUGAACGAAAAAAGAUGUUGCGCGUUAUAGCGACACGCAUGGCCUCAACAGCACGUACGACAAUAAUGUCCCGAGGAACCGUCAUCGUUGGCACGCAGAACAUCCGAGCUUCUCAUGGUGGACCUAAGGAGACCGACGAGGAAUUUGACGAACGAUACGUGAAAUUUUUCAGUCGCAAUGAUAUCGAUCACUGGGAGAUUCGAAAAGCUAUGAACGAUCUGGCCGGUAUGGAUCUUGUGCCAGAGCCAAAAAUUAUCAUUGCAGCAUUAAAAGCUUGCAGAAGGUUAAACGACUUUGCUCUUGCUGUAAGAUUUCUAGAAAGUAUUAAAGAGAAAUCUGGAUCACAUGUGGACAAAAUUUAUCCUUAUAUUCUUCAAGAGAUCAGACCUACUUUAGAUGAGUUGGGUAUUAGUACACCUGAGGAAUUGGGUUAUAAUAAGCCAGAAUUAGCUUGUGAAUCAGUAUAUCAUAUGUAAUAGAUUAAACUUUAAUAUAAACUCUAGUAGUUUAUAUUCUUAGCUGCUGUUCUUGAUGCAUGAAAAAAAAGAAUAAUUUAUCAGUGAAUAUAAAAUAUAACUUAUGUAUUUGCAUUACCAGCAGCAUGUUAAAUAAACAACCACAAUUGUCAUGUUUAA